CCCUCUCUCCUAAAAUUCCAGGCGAUCCCGGAUCAGUGGCAUUCGCUCAAAACUUUCUCUCUAUUUCGUUUCCUCUUGUUGUUCUUUUUUAAUUUUGCUCAUCAUCUCCCAGAUCGGAAAAAGAUAUGGCAAGAAUUGGUGUUUUUUUUGUUUGUCUGGUGCUUAUGGGAAUAGAUACUGUUGCUGGAAUUUUUGGCACUCAAGCUGAACACGCUAGAAACAAAAUGAUCUUCACAAACGGGAAGGCGGAGAGGUUUCAGUGCAGAGAAACGAAAGGCGACGGGUUCAGGCUUGGGGUAGCUGCCACAACACUUUUGGCAGUAGCCCACAUUGCAGCUAACCUGCAUGGUGGUUUCAUGUGCAUAUGUUGCAUGGAACAGCUGGAAAAAUCGCCCAAUAACAGACAGUUAUGGUUUGCAUGUCUCCUUCUCUCAUGGAUUGUAGCAGCCAUUGGAUUCCCUAUGCUUAUUACAGGCACAUUAGAAAUUUCCAAAUUAAGAGAGUCAUGCACGGACUUGCAGAGUCACUUCCUGUCUGCUGGUGGAAUAUUUUGCUUUGUACAUGCCUUAUUUUGCAUUCUUCUCUUUGUUUCUGCAUCUAUUGGCCUCGGAAAUGGAAUGCCAAGUGAACUUGAAUUCCUCUCCCCAUUUAGUAGUUUAGGACACUAUUCAAUUAAUCACUCUAUAUAUUAGCUUAUAUAGAGCGAAUGUGUCCACAUAUAUA